AUGAAAUGCUUGAGAGAUCUCAUUUAUCCCGAUGUAUCAAAUUCAGUCUACAUAAGGAACUAUGACUCGCCUGAUCGUGGUGCUGUAACAAUUUUGGAAGGGACGUAUGCUGACUUUUGGAAUAAGCUUCAGGAUGUCUAUGUGGAGCCGUAUUCCGACCGUAUACAUAAGUUUUCUACUACGAUCAGCGAACAUGCCUCGGUGGUGGACGAAUGUGUCAGUUUCCUGAAAAAUGCUGGCCUGCCAAGUAACGUUUUGGCUAUUGGUUAUAAAAUUGCUAAAAACGUAGACGUCGCAUCAAAGCUUCAUUGCGAAUCAAGUAAUUUUAAUGUGACAAGAUUAAAAUGUGGACUAUGGAAGACGAUUCACAGACUUUGGGGAACUGAAAAAUUUGUGGACCUAAUCAUUAACAAUUCAAUAUAUGAGUACAAUGAUGGUGUUUAUUAUCAAUUGACUGGCCCUACGCACGACUGGACACUUUCACCUCUUUCAGGGUCAACAGCACGGAGGACGGUCCUUGAUAUCAGCAAUUCCACUUUCACGUACCGGAACCGAGGAGAUUGUAGGACUUCGGCUAUACUUCCUCGCUCACCUAAGCUUUUGGUUUCCCAAAUAUUUGGUAACAUCGAAGAUGUAUCCGGAAAUAACAAAUCUUCAAAGCGUCUUGAGAGGAUUCUGUCCCUUGUAAUCAAAAAGCAUCGGAAAUUGAAAUACCGCUUCAUGUUCGAUGCUAGUUGUCCAUCUGUGAAUCUGGAAGAAUGCGAGAGCAACUUGGAUGCACAAAUUUGUGCCAAGUCUGUUACACAGUAUCUCGCAUCUGUGACCUGCAAAUUGUUCCCGGUGAGUUUCUUCGGUUCUAAGCACAAUCGAUCGAAAAUUCUCUCCAAGAUAUCACUAAUUGUCGGACUUAAAUUGCACGAUAGAAUCCCAAUAGAUAUUUUGCUCGAAGGGCUUAAAGUCAAAGACAUUGAAUGGCUGGGCAGGUCCACAAACCUCGACAUCACAGAAUUGAGGAAGAGACAGACUAUACUGGUGAAUGUAGUCCAGUGGUUUUUUGGCCAGUUUUGUUCUUCCAUAAUCAAAACAUUCUUUUAUUGUACUGAGUUAUCUGCUACCAGAAAUCUCAUUUACUUUAGGUUCGACAUAUGGGAACAAAUAACAAGACCGUUUUUGGAUAAUUACUUCAAAAAGUUUUUGAAGACUAAUGAAAAGUGCCAAGAGCACACCGAUAGCAUGAAUUACAAGCACGGAUUCCUAAGAUUAAUUCCCAAAGUGCCUAAGCACCAGUUUAGAGUGAUAUUUGUACCACUUAAGAGCCAUCCAGAUGCGGUGGAUACUCAGCUCGAUUACAUCAGAAAUGUCAUCAAGCCCACGGGCCGUGUCCUCAACUACAUCCUGGGUACAGAAGCUUCUUCCUCAGAAUUUGUUUUCUCUAAGACUCUCUCUUCUCCGAACGAAAUUCCAGACGCUAUCCUCACCUUUAAAAGUUGGUUGACAGAAGUGUACAAAAGUGUGCCUCAGCUCUUUUUCAUAAAGUUUGAUAUCGAAUCCUGUUACGACUCUAUUCCGACGCUUUAUGCGAGGGAGGUGAUAAGAAAACGGUUGACCACUCAUGUCGACUUUUUUGUUCGCUCGCAAUCAGUUUACAAUCCUAAUAAGGAUGUUAUUAGAAGACAAUAUAUUGUAAACGGUGACGUCGAAAUCGACAAGGACUGUAUUGCAAUCGAUGAAGUGCUCACAACAUAUCUGACCAAAGUGGAUAUCCUCCGUGUCAUAGAUGAAGAAAUGAAUAAAAGCUCAAUGAUAUAUGGUCGUCGAUGCUAUUUGCGAAGUUCCGGCAUAUUUCAGGGUUCAAAUCUUUCUGCCAACAUUGUUGAACUUCUCUAUGAUGACCUUGUGACUACUGAAGCCGUUUUCCAGGACACGCGCGGUGCACCGGCCAUGAUUUUAAGACUAGCAGAUGACUUUCUCGUAGUAUCAACGAGUAAAUCUUAUAUCGAAGCCGUCGGAAGUCAAGUGAAAGAGGGAUUUCAGACACACGGUGCAUAUCCAAACAACCUUAAAGUCAUGACGAAUGUGCUUGCCACAGAACAGACUUACGUACGCUUCUGUGCAAUGGACAUUAAUCUUGAAAAACUGGAGGUUGUCAAGCACAUUGAAACCCUGAAUCCCAUUUAUAACUUUGCGUCCUCUGCAAAAAAGAGAUUUACACGCCUGAGAUCUAUUUUCGAAUCUAGACUGAACGGUAGCUUAACUAACCCUGGACUCAAUUCCUGGCCUACAAUCGUAAAACAAGUAUUCUAUGCAAGUCUGAGUACAGUUAGGUCGCUAAAAUUUCACGAUCGCCGUUCGUUGUCUCCAUUAAAUUUAUUGAAAUUCAUCAAAACCCUUUUAUGUUCAUCUAUUAGAUGCUGCGCAAAGCUUUCUCAUAGCAAUUUCAACAGUAGCGAUUUGAAAAUAGUCAUAGCCAAGGCAUUUUUAGAGGCCGUGGAAAAGAAGUACAUCAAAGUAAAGAUGGGUUCCAUGGCUCAAAGCGAGCUCAAACUACUCAUUUCAGAUACUGACGUAGAGAAUUUGCCUAGCGAAGUUCCAUCAUGA